GCUUUCUCCAAAUCUAGGGUUCCAGCCUUCGGGGAACAAAAGAAAAAAUUAAGGACAAUGCCGGUUAAGAAGUUCAAGCAACACAUACUUGAAGAAAUGACACUCAGAAUUCUCCACAGGCUUCCAGUAAAAUCCUUAAUCAGAUUCAGCUGCGUUUCAAAACAGUGGCUUUCGACAAUAAUCCGUGAUCCGGAGUUUGCCAAAACCCACUACAAACUAGCGGGAGAGCAGCAAACCCUCAGCCACAGACUCCUCGUUUCCACCCAGACCUUCGGACUCGAAUCAAUAGACUUGGAAACAAGGUCGUUUGGAGACAAUUCUGGGGUUAGAAGGUUGAGCUCCCCAUUCAAUGAACCGGGACAUUUACGUUUUCUGGGAUCGUGCAAUGGUUUGGUCUUUGUAUGUCAGGGUUCUUAUGAAAAUAUGUCUAUUUGGAACCCGUCGACUGGGUUCCUCCACAACUUACAUUUUCCAGGUUUUUUGUCGCAAGGGGAACUAACAUUUUCCAACCAUGGUUUUGGUUAUGUCUCGGCCACUGACGACUACAAAGUUCUCGUUGCUUGUUAUGAGCGAGAAGGCGAUGAGGUGAUUGGUGAGUACUUGGUCUACUCAUUGAGAGGCAACGCCUGGGCAGCGAUUGAAGACCCUCCCCCUUAUUACCUCAAGACAGGCUACACACAGGGGGCUCUUUCAAAUGAGGCGCUCCAUUGGCUCGACCUAUUGGACGAACAACAUAGACAGCGUAUCCUGGCUGACGAAGAGGUGGGCGAAUUGGAGGAGGACGCAGAACUCUCCGACCUGGAGAUGAUGGACAUGGAUCAGAGGUAUUGGAUCCAUAUAGGGGUUUUUCUGGGAGGAUCCCUUUGUCUGUGGCUUUGGACGGCGGAUAAGAUGUAUAUCGAAUUCUGUGUGAUGAAAGAAUAUGGUGUUCAUGAAUCUUGGACUAAGCUAUUUAAGUAUAGUGUUGCCGAUGAUCUCGGUCUUCCUGAUAUUAAUCCAUUAAGGGGUUUGAAGACGGUGUUCCAUACUGAAAGUGGCACAGUUGUGGCGAUAUGCUAUGACAAAAUUGAGUUGAUAAGGAUUGAGAAGCUUGAAAACGUCGUCGUUACCAGUAGCCGAUAUCCAGCUGGGGAGGUUUUGGAAGAAGUGGUGCAAUAUGAUGAGAGCCUGCUUUCGCUUAUUGAGUACGAAAACCCAACACAAGGCGGAAAUGAAGAGCGGCAUUCAACCCAAAAUAAUGAAGAGGGGGCUUCCACCAAAAAUAAUGAAGAGGGGGCAUGA